CAUUCAUGUCCAAAACAGACAAGAUGGCUACUAAUUUCUCGACUCGGUACAAAAAGGAUCUGAGUACCGAGACGCUCAAGACAAAACUCGCCCAUCGGAAAUCUCUUCUUCAGAAGGAGAGCAGACACAAGGAGUUUAACAGGGGCCGGCAGUUUGGACUGAUAGAUGUGAAUACACAGGCAUCAAGGGAGAACAACUUUUCUCGACUGAAGGAGAUGAAGGAAAAUCACUCUCCCAAGGGAAGGGCUAAGCCAGAAGUUCCAGCAGUGGUCUCCACAGCUUCAAACGGAAGAAUUACAAGAGCAGCAGCUGCGGCAGUCAGUGCAAAGACCAAAAUACCACAGAUCUCACGGCCUACCACGACUACAGGGCUAAUGUGUUCCAAUCCCAGAGAAUGUGGAGAUGAGACUUCAAAAACGAUUGCUAAGAUGCAGCAGCGUAUUGAAAUGCUCCAGCGUUACAAAGCUGAAAAAGAACUGCGUAAAUUAAAGGAGCAGCGAGAGAAACCUGUGUUUAAAUGUGGGCGAUUCAAGCCAGAAGCCCCGGGCUUCCUUUCAAAAGCAUCACAGAUCCCAGUCCUGAGCAAGCCAAAGGAGACGAUGGUGAAAACGGCAACUGUGGAGGCACCUCCUGUGCGGGUAACAAGAUCGAAGACGAAGAACUUUUCAGAAGUUCCAGCAGUGGUCUCCACAGCUUCAAACGGAAGAAUUACAAGAGCAGCAGCUGCGGCUGUCAGUGCAAAGACCAAAAUACCACAGAUCUCACGGCCUACCACGACUACAGGUAAAUCGGCUCAGAAAAAAGAAACAAAUAAAGGAAAGCAGCAAAGAGCGGUCAAAAAAGAAGAGGCAGUAAUGGAGGCGAUCGCUGUCAUGGAUCUUGUGAAAGAAGAGGCGUCACCCCAGAUUGUUGAAGCAACUGUACAAGAUGAGGCUUCCCCUGAGAAGGAAAACUUGCCAGUUUCAGUGCCACCAAAGAGAGCACGUUCUUUUGCUCCUCAAAACUUUGUCUUCAAGCCUCUGGAAGGCCUGACUAACUACAAAGUGAAGCCCAUGUCUCCCUCCAAGGCGGACGGGUUUCUGUCGCCCAAUCUCUCCUGGAGUCCCAUGACGAACAUUAGUGAAGUCCCUAAAAAAGAUGAAAAAGAAACAGGAUCCAAUGUCUGUGGUCUGAAUCAGAAGUUCUUUGCAACCCCUGAAGUGACUGAGAACAACACCCAGGAACAUCAGCUGACACUGGAAUUCCCUUCAAUUGAAGCAGAACCUGUACCUGAGGAUCUAAUGGAAAUUUCUCCCAGUCUGCAGCUGACAGAUCUGUGUGCAGAUCCAAUAGCAGAGCCAACAAAAGAAGCACAGCGUGAUGUGUCCUAUUUCAGAAACAUCCUUCAGUCGGAGACAGAGAGGUUAUCGACACAGUGCCUGGAAUGGGAUGGAACAGCUGAAACAGACAUCCCCGAGGACGCAAAAGAUCUCGUCCGCACAACCAUCGGACAAACCAGACUGCUCAUCACAGAAAGAUUCAAGCAGUUUGAAGGGCUGGUGGAUAACUGUGAGUUCCAGCGUGGAGAAAAGGAGACGACCUGUACAGAUCUGGAUGGAUUUUGGGAUAUGGUGAACUUCCAGGUAGAAGAUGUAAAUAAAAAAUUUGAGAACCUGAGGAGGCUUCAGGGGAAUGGAUGGCAAAUGGUGGAGGAUGUCCAAGCCAAGAAGCCCUGCAAGAAGAAGGCUGGUCCUCAGAGGGCAACCAAAGCAGGCGAUGGGGCCAAGGAAAGAGAAGCAGCCCGGAAACGCCUGGCUACCAUCAAGGCUCUCAUGAAGAGCAAGAUGAAGCAGGAGGACGCGCCCGUGAGCCAAGAGGCACCUGCGGAAGGAGAGAAAGUGGUCUUUGAUGGAGGGUUUUUCCAAGUUGAAUCUCCUGCCAAAGUGCUCUCAGGCUGGACUCCCAAAUCUGCUGGCCGGACUCCCCGACCAACGAGGCGAACGACUCCAAGGUCCGCCAUGAAGGGCGUUCUCCAGAAUUGCGCAGAAACUUGUGUUCUCAGCCAUGGCACCCCGACAACAACCAAAGCCAUUACUCCUCUGCCAGAUCUGGAUGCAUGUGUGGGGCCUUGUGGAGCCAGCCUCCUUGGGUCCAUUUCUGAACAAAGUGACAUUCAAGAUACAGAGAAGCUAUGUGUUACAACAGAAAAUGUAUUAGAAGAAGAAGCUACCAACACGCAGUUAGCCAUAUGCGAUAAGGAAUCCUCAGGAGAUCAGAAUGAUGUCUUGGUUCCAGUCAGCUUAGAUGAAACCGUGGAAGAGCCCAGUGUUCAAAAGGAAGUUUCAGAAGCUACAGAAGAGAUGGAACAAAGUGAUGAAUCUAUGAGCAAGCAAGACAUUUUCUGCAACUCCAAGAGAGAUUCCCAGACUGAAAGCCAACCCCUUCAGGAGGCAAAACUGCAGGAUUCAGAUUCCCUCCUUCUUGAUGAUUUAUCCUGUGAAAUACCCUGCGGCAAUGGAAUGCCUGAUUGGCAGCCGGGAUUGGAGGACAGCCUUUUCUUCACUCCUCUCAGGAACAAAACAGAGCAAUCAAUGGCAGUCGCUGCGUGCAAUGACCUGAUGUCAUUCUCUCCCCUAACAGUCCCAGAAGAGGGACAAUGAGGAGUUUGCUAGAGAUGGACUAGUCACUAGAACUUGAGAAUAACUGCACCUGGGCACUGACUUCAUAUUUUGUGUUUUUCUCUGUUUUUAUUAUAUAACUUCGACUUCGAAGGUUUGGAUUUUAAAAUUAUUGUCUCAUAGAGGUCUUGGACCAAUGGCAUGUGACAAAGAAUAUGGAUGUGAGCAUCUUAGUUGACCUGUUUCAUUUUUGAAAUCCAAAAUCUGCAAAUAAAGGAUCCUAACUUGUCUUUGUUAA